AUGUCCAUUAUAGUCGAGAACGACCCGCUCGAUCAGGUCGAUGGAUCCGCGUCGUUUGAGUUUGGGGCCACAAAGGUGAUGAGUUCCGUUACGGGACCUAUAGAGGCUGCAAGACCAAGAAACGAGCUGCCGACAAAGGCAUAUUUGGACAUAAACAUCAGGCCGUCUUUUGGUGUGCCGUCCACAAGGGAAACGCUAUUAGAACACAAACUGGGCCAGCUUCUUCCCGCCGUGAUAAACUUGGACCAGUACCCGCGCCAAACGAUACAGAUUGCGGUUCAAAUUCUGAAAAAUGGUGAACCGAAUGAUUACACAGCAAGACAGCUUGUUGCAAUCAUAAAUUCCGUCUUCAUCGCUCUCAUCAACAGUGGAAUCUCGCUCAAAUCAUCAGUCAUGGCUACUUGUUGUAGUAUCAGCGCAGAAGGAGAGAUUAGGACGUCUCCCACAUCAUCAGAGUUGGCCAGCUCUGUUUCUCACUUCGUCGUCGUUUACUCGAUUGAAGACCAGCAAAUUGACAACCUUCUGUUUUGCGACGGACUGGGCACGUUCAAACAGCAGCAACUUUUCGACGUUCUUGACCGUGCGGCAUCAGAGAUACUCUUGAAUUUCCAGCAGAUCAGACAGGCGAUCGCAAGUCACGUGUCGCAAAAUUAUGUAUGGAAAGCCUAA